AUGGACGCCCAACGGUCACCGGGCGCUGGGGAGGGGCGGCAACCAGACAAUGCAAAGUCACCGUCUCUCAGAUCUCGGCUUUUUGCUCCAACUGCAGCAUCUAAGGCCAGGCGGGGAAGUACCCCAGAGCCAGGAGGUUUUGUGGAUCUGUCUAAGAGCAGCGCAGAGUUAGCAGGACCACCUUUGUUUGAAGCCAAGGCGGCGAAGCCGAGCCCUACUGUUAGAAAACCUAGCAAAGCAGCCACAACGGGGACUGAUGACCAGUUGGCGUCUCCCGUGGGUUCUCAUAAGAACAAUGCCACAGAGGAAAGUGGGGCGUCAACUGACAAGGUGAAUGGUGGCAAGCACAUGCAAGCAAAUGGCAGUGCAAACGGGCAUGUGAAUGGUACGAAAGUGGACAGAUCUGAAAAGGAGGCGGCGGGAAAUGGUGUAAAUGGUGUAAAAGGGACAUUUGGCACAAAUGGCAACGGGGAGCUGGGCAUGUCCACAGGGAAGCCUGCCGAGCGUGAUCUGGAGAGUCCGAAGAAGGGCGCUCAGCCCGUACACAACGCUAGCAACGCCGUGCCUGACGCUAAUGCAAACAAGACCAAGAAGGUCACAGGUGCCAGUCCUACAGGGCCUAAGAGCGCCGCUGCCACGCGGGGCGCUUCUCCCGCUCGCAAAGUGAGGGCGCCGUCGCCUGCCAGAAACGCAGGUGCCCCGCAAAAUGCUCUGGCGCGCACGAGGUCGCUUGACGCGGCUCCUCCAGAGCGCGCUCGGGGCCGCUCACCUGCACGCCCAAAUUCUGACCGGGGGAGCCGGGGAUCUUCCCCUAGUCCCAGCAGCGGCCCCCGGAGAGCCUCUCCCAGUCCCAGCCGGAGGCCAGCAUCGCCAGCGAGGGGCAAUCUCCACUCCCUAAGUUCUCCCACGCUCUCCUCGCUCGCACGGAGGAACUCAGGCGAGUUCGCUAGGGCGAGUCCUCGCUCUGUCCUGCAGUCUGCGGCGCCGAGCCCGCGGCUCUCCUGGGGCAUGCCCAGUGCGAAGUCCCAGGGGAUGGCCUCGACGAGGAAGGCCCUCGGAGUGGACAGCGAGAGCUCGAGCAGCAGCGAGAACGGCAAUGCUGCGAACAGGCGAUGGUCUACUGGACGGGCGAGCGUCCCUGGGUUAACGAGGCCGGCAGGGUCUGGGGCAGGGACGGGCUUGCUGCGAGGGAACAGUUCGUUUGCGGGGCCGGAGGAUCUGCAUAUCAGUCCGGAUCUGAAGCUGGACCUCAAGGGGAAGAGGAUCCGGAAGCUUAGCUCGUCAGCACUCAGCCCAAAGCUUGAGUGGGUGAACCUCCGUGAGAACAAGUUGCAGUCUUUGGAGGGGAUUGACAUCUUGAAGAGGCUUAAGGUACUGCACCUCUCUACGAACGAGCUCAAGAGCAAGGCCCUGGCGGCCCUGGCGCCCCUCCAAAGUCUGCAGCAGUUGUUCCUGUCUAGCAACCGCCUCACGACUCUGGCCCCCCUGCCCAAACUCCAAGCGCUGACGUUCCUGUCCGUCACGCAAAACGAGAUUACGACCCUCGAAAUGGCGUCCUUCCCGCGCCUUCACACCCUCAUCGCCAGCAAGAACUACAUCACCUCGCUCGCUGACCUGCCCCACCUGCCGGCACUCACAAUUCUAAAGGUAGACGACAACCCAGUUUCAGAAGACCCCCUAGCCCGUACGGUGGCGAUGCUGCUGGUGGGGAAAACGCUGAAGCGGUUCAACGAGCAGGAAGUGGAGCCGGCGGACCACUUCGAGGCGCUUUCUUACCCCCCCCACAUGGCGGCGUGCAUUCGGAGCGGGUUCGCACUAACCCCUGAGAACAACACUCCAGAGCACCUGGGCCGUGCCCUUCUGACCGUCCAAAGCCGCGCCGGGCUUCCCCCUGGGUACGCCCUAUCAGCCGCCUCCAUCGAGCCGCCCUGCGAGGGAUCCCCCUGCACGGCCACGUUCGAUUUCCAGUACACCGGGAGUGAGGCGAAGCGGGCGCCGCUUCAGAAGCGGUACCGCUGGCUGCGAGGCUCCCGGCAUGACGUCACGUAUGACGUCAUCGAGGGGGCGACGUCAGCGGUUUACGCGCCGGACCCCGAGGACGUGGGGCAGUGCCUGAGGGUGGAGUGCACGCCCACGCUGGGGGGGAUUGCGUUUCCGGCCGUCUAUGCGGUGUCGAGCGAGGUGGAGGAAGGCAGCGGCAUUCCUGCCAUCUCAGACAUCCGGGUGGAAGGCGAGGCAAUCGAGGGACGGACUCUGCAGGGCAGCGUCCAGGUGUCGUGGAACGGAGCGCAGCCCGGGAGGGUGGUCAUCAGUUGGUGGCGGUGUCAAGACAGUGCGCACCCGUUCACCAUCCCGGACGCAACGGGUGCAGAGUAUACCCUCUCUGCAAAGGACAUUGGCCAUAGCGUAUGGUUCAUGUGCCUGCCAAUCGCAGCGGACGGGACGAAAGGGGAGGCGCAGUUUGCCCAGACGACAACUGUCCAACAAGACGUUCCGAGGGUCACUGGAGUGCAGCUUCUUGGCGAGGCUCUGACGGGGAAGAAGCUGACGGUCCAGGCUACCUAUCAUGGCGGAGAGGAGGGGGGCAGUGUUCUAGAAUGGUUCUCGCAAGACCCAGCCACUGGCGCGCUCACCGACCUGAAAGUCCCCAACAACUCCCGCGAGUACUCCCCCUCUGAUUCCGACGUCGGCCGCAAGAUCGUUUUCCGUUACACCCCGGUCAACUCCGAAGGCCUUCCAGGCGAAUUCGUCUCCGUAACCACCCCUAACCCCGUCGAGCUAGCGCCCCCGGAGCUUGCUGACGUGGCAAUAACCGGCAGCUUGAUGGAGGGGGGCAAAGUUGCGAUUGCGUCACGCUACACCGGGGGGGGCACCGAGGGGGAAACGCGGAUCCAGUGGCUGAAAAGCAAGUACCCGAAACUUUACGGGAGUCUGGGGGACAGUGCGGUGAUCGAACUGGGGGAGGUGACGACGGAGAAGGAGUUACCGAUCCCCGUGGAUGCGAUCGGGUGGUUUUUGGGCGCGAAAGUGACGCCGGUUCGGGCUGACGGGGUGCAAGGCGCGCCGGUGUACGUGGCAGCGGCAGAGCCUGUUGUUUUGCGCCCCCCCAGCGUGAUGAGCAUCAGCAUCGACGGGACGCUGGUCUGUGGCGAGACGGUCGUGGGUUCCUACGAAUACGCCGGCGGGAAGGAAGGCUACAGCCAAAUUGCUUGGUACCUGCAUCAGGACGAGGUAGACCCCGGGACUCUGAUCCAAGGUUCCGUCGGCCAGAAAAGCCGCCUGCUGACACGCAAGGAAGUGGGCAAGUUUAUUUCGUUCCGGUGCGCACCUCGGCGAGCGGAUGGGGCGGAGGGCCAAAUCCAGAGCGCCAUGAGCCAGGAGCGGGUCAAGCCACUCCCGUUGAAGCUGGCGAAGCUGAGCGUGGGCGGCGUGCACAUGGAGGGCGAGGCGCUCGUCGUGCAGCACCACGCGCCGAGCGAGCCGGAGCACCGGGACGACUGGGGCAACUACUUGCAAGAAAUGACAUAUCAAUGGUUCCGUUCCGAGCCCGGCAGCCGCUCCACCUUCGCCCCCCUCCCUGCCGCCACGUCAGCAGAGUACCGCGCGACCAUCGACGACGUAGGGCGCGUCUUGCGCUGCGAGGGGCGCGCCAAGGACGCGUUCGGGCGGUUUUCUGAGCCAGUCCACGUGUUUUCGGGGCUGAUCGAACCCGCGCCCCCCUCGGUGACGAACGUGAGGUUGGAGGGGGACGCGGAGAGCGGAGCGCUACUGCGGGGGCUGGGAGACUUCAGUGGGGGGGUCGAGGGCGCGAGCCGGUUUGAGUGGUUCAGGCAGGACUACAAGGACGGUGCGCUCUACCCCCUCAACGUCCCCAACAACUCCCCCGAGUACAUCAUCCCGGAGUCCGAGGCCGGUCGCCGCAUCGUCUUCAAGUACACGCCAAUCUCAACCGGGGGUAAAGUUGGAGAGCCCGGUUUCGCGACGAGUCCGAUCAUCGAACUCGCGGCGCCGAAGGUCGCGGGGCUCGCGAUCGUUGGCUCGCUUCUGGAGGGGAGUCGGGUGGCGGUGAUUGGAAAGUAUUCGGGCGGGGGCAAGGAGGGGCAGAGCGAGGUGCAGUGGUUCAAGUCGGAGGAGGGGACGGUUGGAUCGGGCAUGGAGGCGAUGCCGCAGUUUGACAAUCGAACGGAGUUUAUCAUUCCCGCAGAGGUCGUCGACUUGUAUCUGAUUGCCAAGUACACGCCCAUCCGCAUCGAUGGGGAGAGGGGGGAGCCGUCGUUCGUGGCGUCUAAAAGCACCGUACAAAGCCUGCCCCCGAGCGUUGUGUCAAUCCACCUGGCUGGAGAGAUGCAAGCCGGGGCUACCAUCACGGCAGAGUACAAGUACGUUGGGGGGCUAGAAGGAGUCAGCCAUUAUGGCUGGUACUUACACGAGAGUCCCAGUGCGCCCGGUAACCUCAUUCCUGGGUCCAUCGGCCUAAAGGAACGCUUGCUCACAACGAAAGAAGUUGGCAAGUAUCUGUCCUUUUCGGUGACGCCCCGGCGGAAGGACGGAGUGGAAGGGGAGACAAAGGCUUUUGUCAGUGGAGAGCGGAUCAUGCCAGAGCCGCUUCAGCUGCGGGAGUUGACCAUAAGCGGAGAGCCAGUGGAAGGAGAGAAGCUGACGGCAGUCCCGGUGCUGCCAACCGAGCGGGAAGAGUGGGACAAGUUCAAAAAGGAUGUCGUCUUCCAAUGGUAUCGCUCCGCUGCGAUCGGGAGCGGCAACUUCGAUUCUCUGGCCGGCGAGACGUCUAGUUCUUACUCCCCGACCUUCGACGAUAUUGGACGACGAAUCAAGUGCGAGUGCUGUGUGGUCGACAAACUGGACCGGACGUCGGGCGCGGUGGCUGCCAUUACUGAGCCCGUCGAAGCAGCUUCUCCCUCCAUACGAGACGUCGGAUUCGACGGCAAGCACAUGGCGGGGAGCACGAUCCGGGGCAUCGGUUCGUACUUUGGGGGAAAACAAGGCGCCAGCCGAUACGAGUGGUUCAGAGAAAACAUUCGGACGGGCGAGUUCGAGCCCCUUCACGUGCCUAACAACGCCCCCGAGUAUGUGCCCGGCAAUGAUGACGUCGGACGGCGCAUCAUGUUCAAGUACACGCCCAUCAACUCGUACGGAAAGGCUGGGGAGACAGUCACAGUGACGUCAGAUCCCGUCAAACCAGCACCCCCCCGUGUCGUUGAUCUCUCCAUCCGGGGCACUCUGACGGAGGGCAGCACAGUUACGGUGCACGCAUUUUACGUGGGCGGAGGGGAGGAAGGCCUGAGCCGCAUCCAGUGGUUCAAGUCGCGGUCGCCGUCCACCGGAGGAAACGACCUCGUCGAACUUGGGCCGGUGCAGACGAAGAGGGAUCUCGUAGUUCCCCCCGAGGCGGUUGGUUGGUACCUCCUUGCAAACUACGUCCCCGUGCGUUCGGACGGCGAGUUCGGCGAAGCAGUCCAAGUGGUGUCCGCUCGUCCGGUGACUGGGCUUCCGCCGAAGAUCACGUCGAUCCAGCUGUCGGGGGCGUUUUUCGAAGGGGAAACGCUGCGGGCAGACUACGAGUACUCGGGGGGGUACGAGGGAAACAGUGUGUAUGGGUGGUACGUGCACGAGAACGAGCAAGACCCCGGGGUCCUCAUCCCCGGCUCCGUCGGCCUCAAGGAGCGCCUGCUGACGAAGCGUGACGUCGGCAAGCUCGUCUCGUUCAAAUGCACGCCCCGACGAGAAGAAGGUUUGGAAGGGCCCAGCAGAACGGCGAUGAGUCCGGACAGGAUCGCGGCAGCCCCCCCAGAAUGCAAGAAUCUGCGAAUCGUGGGGUCGCCCGUGGAACACGGGGUGCUGCGCGCGGAGAAGGAUUACGUGGGGGGGUACGAGGGGGCGUCGAUCUACCGGUGGUAUGUGACCCAGCCCGGCGAGGUGCAGAAGCGCAUCGAGGGCGCGACGACGUCCAGCUACAAGGUGCGCUCGGAGGACCUGGACUGCAUGAUCAGCGUGGCGUGCACACCGGUGCGGAUCGACGGUGUAAAUGGGGACCAGGUCUGGGCCAGCCCGGUGGGACCUAUCGUGGGGGGCCGGCCGUUUUUGGGGCAUCUAGAGAUUCAGGGGAGGGCGGUGGAAGGGGAGGUGCUCAGCGUGCACGCUGGGUACAAGGGGGGGGAGAAGGGCGCGUGCAACAUCGUGUGGCACAGGAUCGAUAACAGCGGGGCCGAGACGGAGCUCAGUAAAGAAGAAACGAUCACUCUAAGUACCGAGGACAUAGGCUGCCGUAUCCGGGCUUCGUAUACCCCCAUAAGGGCGGAUGGCGUACAAGGAGAUGAAGUAUCGGCAACAACGGAUGUGGUCGUAGAAGGUAACCCCGUCGGCGUGAGCCUCCAGGUGCCCCCCCUCCAAGAGGGCCAAGAAGCAGCCCCCGCCUACAGCUAUUCGGGGGGCAUGGAAGGCUCCAGCGAAUGGGGGUGGUAUCGCUCAAACGAGGACCCCCAAUCUUCCGGGGGGGUGUCGGCCGACGAAAUGUCCAUGGAACUGUUAAAAGUGGGUUCGACCCGGGUUUACAACCCCACGGUUAACGACGUCGGUCACUGGUUGCUGGUCCGGUGGACCCCGGUCCGACGAGACGGCCGGCGGGGGAUCCCCCUGACUGCCACGUCAGAGGGGCCGGUCCACCCGGGCCCGCCGGAGGCGGUCAACGUAACCGUGGUGCAAACCGGGGAGCUAACCCUGCAAGGUUCGGCGGUGUACCGGGGCGGGAAGGAGGGGCUGUCGCAGUACAGCUGGCAGCGCCAGCUGGCGGACGGCACCCGGGAGCUAAUCAUUGGGGCGUGCGAACGAGAGUACACAGUAAGUGAUGACGACUUUGGGCACGGUUUAGUUUUUGGUUACAUCCCGGUUAGGGCGGAUGGGGUGACGGGGAUCGAAAAGUUGUCGGAACCGGCGCCGGCGAUCUUGCCCCCCCUUUUGGUUGCGGUGCGCGUGGUUUUGAAGGGGAAAGCGGAGGAGCGGGAGAUUUUGGGCGCGGUCGUGGAGGGUCCGGCGGACGAGCGGGGGGCGGCGCUGUGGGAGCGGUUCAAGAAGGAGGUGCAGUUCAAGUGGUCGCGAUUGGAAGAUAACGGCAGCAAGAGUCUGCUGCGCACCAGCACGAUCAACGGCAUGUACAAGGCGCGCUUCGAAGACGUCGGGCGGUGCCUCGAGUGCGAGUGCAGCGUGAUCGACAUCUGGGGGCGCAGCUCGCCCCCGCUAUCCGUCACGUCUGAGAUUGUUGAGCCAGGUCUGCCCCUGGUUGAGCGCGUGCGUGUCUACGGUCGGGAGCUGCACAGCGGGCGCUUCCUGGUUAAGGGGAACUACAGCGGGGGGGUGGAAGGCGAGAGCACCUUCCAGUGGUACCGAGCAAUUGCAGGGAGCUGGCAGCUGACGCCUAUCCUGGGCGCCAACCGGCAAAAGUACGACUCGAACGUGGACGACAUUGGGUUCAUCCUCGCUGCCAAAUACACCCCGGUUCGGGAGGACGGGGUGGUCGGUGAACCGGUCACCGCCCAAACAACCCCGAUCGCGCUCGACCCUGACGUGGCCCGUGAUGUCACCCACAUCGUGGACCAGCAGGCGCACAAGUUUGACGUCAUGAUGGCGACGCCACAGGGCCUGCAGGCGCGCACACUGGACGCCACCAGCAAGCGGCUGAAGAUCAACCGGUCGGGAACCAAAACGGGGCGGAACGUGACCGAGAUGAAGGCCAACUUCAAGCCGCCGUUCUGGGUGGAGAUCAGUUUGAGCGACCCAUACAAGGCGGUGGUAGUCUUGGAAGAAGACAAGAUGGUCGAGGUCGUGCUGCCGACGCGGCACGAGCGGGAUGUGUUCACGAUGUCGAUGCGCAAGUUUGCGCAAAAAUACCGAUAACCGGGGUUUGGAGGGUUUGGGCACUGGGAGGGUUGGG